UUUUGGUCACCUCAUAUUGACAUCUCAGACCAUUUUUUUAUAAUUUAUAUUUAUUUAUUAUUGAAUACCACAGAUAUUGAUUAUUAUUGUAACUUGAUGUUAAUACUUGCUUGCUAUAAUAUCUGUACGAGGGUAAAUAUCACAUGAAACAACGCCGUUGCAAAAAUACAAAACAGAAAAAACAAACAACAAAAUGAGGAUAAUAGUAAAUAACAUCAGGCAAUUAUUUAAUCUAUCAAGUUCAAGCGGAGAAAAUGAAUUACAUGGACAAUCUUUAAUUAAGCUACCAUUUCGAUUCAUUACAACUUUAAACAAGAUGACUGCCGUCAAAGUUUUCCUAUUUAUGAUUACGAUUAGUCCCAUCGCUUUCAUAUGUUUUAUUCAAUUAUCAAGAAAUAGUUACAUUUCAAUCACUGAAAACCUUGUAAAAGGGGCUUUCGAUAACGAUAAAGAUUUAAGAUAUCUCGUGCGUACAACAGAGGAUGGUUUGUCAAAAGACCUAAAAUACAUUUUGCUGUGGUCGUAUUGUAAAAAGCACGACCCAUUCAUUCAGCUGGGUGAGGGUCAAAGAGCGUUUAUCAAAAACAACUGUUCUACAAAUAACUGCUACGUCACUUAUGAUAAGUACUUCCUCGGUGGCGAUGUUACAAAAUUUGACGCUAUUGCAUUUAACGGUGUUUUUAUAAAUAGUCUGAUAAAAUCUAAGCUUCCGAAAAAACGAUCCCCUCAUCAGAAAUACAUUUAUUUCAAUAUCGAGUCGCCUGAUAAUUAUCCAGUUUGCAGCAGCAUGUUUGAUGGGUUUUUCAACUGGACGGCGACAUAUAAAUUGAAUUCUGAUAUUUUGUUCUCGUAUCUACAAAUUAAAAAUCGCAGUGGAGCAAUUGUCGGACCAAAGAAGAACAUGAAAUGGGCGAAAAAUGUGUCAUUGGAAAAUGAUUUUUCCAUAGUACUAAAUAAGAGUAAAGCUGUUUCUUGGCUUGUGUCCAACAGUAACGAUAGAAGUGGAAGACACGAAGUUGCCACGCACUUACAAAAGUAUUUACAACGAUACGGAUUAACCGUCGAUAUUUAUGGAUAUUGUGGUCCUUACAAAUGUCCUAGAGAACUUAUGAAUAGCUGCCGCAACAUGUUGGGAAGAAAAUAUUAUUUUUAUUUAUCUUUCGAGAAUUCAUUCGCAGAAGAUUAUGUGACUGAAAAACUUCUUAUAGCUUUAAAUCAUAACAUGAUACCUAUUGUGUACGGUGGUGCAGAUUAUUCAAGGUUUUUACCUCCAAACACGUAUUUGGAUGCUUUGCAGAUGAGACCUCGAGAAUUGGCUGACACCAUUGUACAGUUGAUGACCUCACCGGAGCAGUACGUUCAGUAUUUCUGGUGGAAAUCUCAGUACACGUAUUCAGACCCGCUAACUGUGGACAGCGUGUGCGCAGUGUGUGCUGCACUUAAUAAUAAAACUAUGAUGGAGACUAGAACAGUAUACGAUGAAUUUAGAAUCUGGUGGAACCCUAGUUAUAGAAUACGAUGUAGAUCUCCGUAAAUGUUGUAGGUAUCCAUGAAUUUAGACUGUCAUAGCACCUGUUUUAUAAUUCUAUUGUUUAUGCUUAAAGAAUAAGGGAUCAUUAAAUGGUUUCUUCCAAAAUAAAAAUUAAUGCACAAGCAUUUCAGGG